AUGGGACAAGCAUUCGCACGUCUAUUCACACGGAUCACCCACAGUCGUGACCUGAAGGUUCUAAUCAUCGGCCUUGAUGGCGCUGGAAAGACAUCGAUCAUCAGCAGACUGAGGCUUGGCGAAGUGAUAACCAGUAAUCCAAUCGAAGGAUUCAGAGUGGAACAAGUUCAAUACAAUAACAUUAGGUUCAUCUGUUGGGAUAUAUGUGGAGAUAGGAUAAGACCAUUGUGGAGACAAUACUAUGAGAAUGUACAAGGUAUCAUAUUUGUGAUUGACUCUAAUGAUAGAGUUCGCAUGCCAGAGGCUUGUCUAGAGCUGCACAAGCUGGCCAAAGAGGAUGAGCUACGUGAUUCACCUAUACUGAUCUGGUGUAACAAACAAAACCUACCAAAUGCAAUGCUUAUUGGAGAGAUCACAGAGUGUCUGGACCAAGCCAUACUCGGCGCAUUCAAUCGUCGGUGGCACAUCCAAGACUGUUGCUCAUUAACAGGUGAUGGACUCUACGAGGGUCUUGAAUGGCUGGCAAAUACAGUGAUGAACUAA